AUGCGCCUCCCCACCACCCUCCUCGCGGCGGCCCUCGCCCUCGCCACAACCAUCACCGCCUCCCCCGCCCCCGCGCCCACCAAAGUCCAAGCGCCCGACCAAAACCUCCGCAAACGCUUCGCCACCAACACGAUGCCCGCCUCGUCGGGGCACGUGGUGCUCUCGGCCGCGACGACGGUCAGCGUCUUCGACGGCGGGAUGAAGAAGUACGACCGCGGGGUGGCGUGCGGCGGGCAGGAGGAAGGGGGGGACAGCGACGCCGUGUUCCUGGUGCAGAGCGGCGGCACGCUGAAGAACGUCAUCAUCGGGGCGGAUCAGUCGGAGGGGGUGCACUGCUUGGGCCCGUGCACGGUGCAGAAUGUUUGGUGGGAGGACGUUUGUGAGGACGCCCUCACCAUCAAGCAGACGUCCGGCACCUCGUACGUCGUCGGCGGCGGCGCCUUCCACGCCGAGGACAAGAUCGUGCAGCACAACGGCGGGGGCGCGGUCAGCAUCAAGGACUUUUACGCAAACGACUUCGGCAAGGUGUACCGCUCGUGCGGCAACUGCGGCACGCAGUACACGCGCUCCGUCACCAUGUCGGGCGUGUGGGCCGUCAGCGGCAAGCUGCUCGCCGGCGUCAACUCCAACUACGGCGACAAGGCCACCAUCAGCGGGACGUGCGCCGACGGGGUGAAUGCCAUUUGCGCGUGGUAUCAGGGGAAUGAUGAUGGGGACGAGCCGACGGAGCUGGGGACGGGGAUUAGCAGUUACUGUGUUUAUGCUGAUAACGGUGUUGACGACUGUCCUUGA